AUGGCCAUUGUAAUUCUCGGGGAGGUUGCCAAUUUUGCAGCAUAUGCUUUUGCUCCUGCAAUUCUAGUGACUCCCCUCGGUGCUCUGAGUGUCCUCAUCGGCGCUGUUUUGGGGGCUUAUUUCCUCGAUGAGCGGCUUGGGGUUCUAGGGAAACUUGGGUGCGCUAUGUCGCUCCUCGGUUCAGUUAUAAUCGUGCUCCAUGCGCCCCCAGACGAAGAAAUUGGAACUAUAGAUGAAAUCUUGCAUUAUGCUGUUCAACCUGGAUUCCUCAUUUACUGUACCUUCGUUGCCGUCUUCUCUACUGUCAUGAUAUAUCGAGUCUCGCCAAAAUACGGCAAGAAGAACCCGUUGGUUUAUAUCUCUAUUUGCUCCACCGUUGGGUCUGUUUCGGUCAUGUCUGUCAAGGCAUUCGGAAUCGCCGUGAAGCUUACUCUGGACGGACACAACCAAUUUACACAUCCCUCAACCUAUGUGUUCGCCAUCGUCGUUGUCUGCUGCAUUCUGACGCAGAUGAACUACUUCAACAAGGCACUUAGCCAGUUUUCCACCUCGAUUGUAAAUCCUCUAUACUACGUUACCUUCACGACCGCCACCCUGUGCGCCUCUUUCGUCCUCUUCCGUGGAUUCAACACCACCGACAAGGUCGCCACCAUUUCUCUACUUUGCGGCUUCCUCAUCAUCUUCUCCGGCGUUUACCUGCUCAACCUUUCCCGAACCGAUCCCGACGGCCGUGCCAACGGUAGACCCAACGAUGACGACGCUAUCCCGACCGAUGGAAUCGCCGGCAUCCAAACUCGCCGGUCCCUCCAAGCUCGACGAAGCAUCGACCCACACCGCCGCAGCUCUUCGAGUAUCGCAUAUUUCAACGGCUCCGGCGAUCGAGAAGGGCUAAUGCGAUCCUACGACCUCGAGAGCGGUGCCACGUUUGGCCUUGAAGACCUGACCGAGGAGCCUGAUGAUAGCAGCGACCACAGCCCCUCGCAGAAGAGGAACGGCACCGCAGAACAUCAUCCCGACGACCCGAUCCCCGGCGCAAAUGGCGCAAAGCCUUAG